GCUUACGCUUGCGUCCUAGUGAGAACCAACCUUUAUGGGUAGCCUGUGGAACUCCCGCGAGGCAUAUCAGUAAACAUGGCGACCAAUCGAGUACAAAAACAUGUUUACAAGUCUUUCUCUUACUUACUCUAAUGGAGUCGCCUACAGGAUUUAGACGGAAGGAUGUGCUCCCCAGUUCGCUUAGUACACAUAGAGCCAAAUACGAAAGGCAAAAGAGCAUUCGCGCUGAACGAUUCCAAAAACUCCACGAAGAGCGGGAAAGAAUAUUACAAGAACGUGAAAGAUUGUUAGCGAGAAUCAAAGAUGAUGGAAUAGAGCUGCCUACAUCAAGAGUUAGCAGUGCUAGUGUUAAUGCUGUCUUAGAAAAAGCUCGUCAAAAGAUUCCACAAUAUGAGGAAAAGAUUCGUCGAGUAAAACACGCGAAGAAUAGGAGAAAGCAAAUCUCUGACACAGUUUACAAAGGGGAGUUGGGGAUAGGAUCGUAUGAACCUUGGCAGUUGGAAGAUUUCUACUUCGUUCGUGAUUUUGUCAGGUCCUGGGUAGAUGAUAUACUUGAAUUUAUUACUUUUGAGCCUUUUAAAAAAGAUGUUGUUGUCAAUUUUGCAGCCCAGUUUAAAAAAGAACUGGACACUGAACAGUCAGAGUUGGAAUUUUCCGAGGCUGUUGAUGGAGUAGGAGAGACAUUGUUGGAGGAAGUUAUCAAAGAGUUGUUGGCUGAUGCAGCAGACGAGUGUGUUAAUGUUCAUCAUCAAGCACAGCAGUUCAUGAUUAGCAUCAUCCUAAAUGCCCUGACCCCUGACAACGCUGAUGAUGCUAUUAGAACACAACUCUCAAAUACCUUUCAGCAAAUGCAAAAAGAGAGAGUUAAAAGACCAAAUAUUUGGCAGCACAAUCAAAAACUUUAUUUUCUUGGAGAUGAAGCAGAAAGCAAACCUCAUACAGCAGAUGACACUUUUGAUGGAGAAGUGCUGUCAUUUCAUGGGCAGACCCCUUAUGACGAAAAGCCAUUGAACGAACUCUCACAGACCUUCAAACAGUUUCGUGAUAUUGAGUCGCAGUACUGGAUGGGGUAUAGCCCUGUGUCAACUUUCUUACCUCUACCUAAGAGGUACAGGGGGGUGUCAUGUACAGCACUGUCCUCAGACCAUGCCCUUCUUGCAUUAGGCACGAUACAAGGAGAUGUUGUUGUCUGGGAUUUACUGCUCUAUCCUCCCAGAGUGCUAAGGUCUGUUAAAGGAAAUGUAGCCAUAAUGAGCAUUCAGUGGUCUAAGGACACUUCACGGAUCCUAACGCUUAACUCCCAAGGCACUGUAGAACUGUGGUCUGUUGGGAACACUCUUAUAGUGUCACAGAAUGUUCUCGGGUUUGAACCAGUUGAGCAGAAUUUGGGAUUUAAAGCUAGCAAUCUUACUAGUAUACUGAGAAUUGACCCCCAGAGCCUCAAGAUAACAGAGGGGCCCCUCAUGUCUGUUACUCAUGUCAUCGGAAAACCAUGCUGCGCAGAAUUCCACCCCUCACUCACAUUCCUCGGCAAACAAGGAGCAAUAAUGGUUGGCAUGGUAACUGGUAAUAUAUUAAAAUUAAAUACAAGUGGCAGUGAAAAUGCAGUGCUGUUUCCAAAGAUAAGUAACAGUACACCAAAUAAGAUCAGUGCUGGCAUUGAAGUGGAACUCUUUAAGGCGCACAAGCACCCAGUGAUACUAAUUGAGUUUGUGAAUAACUCUGUCACCAUGGUUACUGCUGACAGCAUGGGGUAUAUUUACAUGUGGCAGUACUCAGAGGAUAAUUUUUCUGGCUUUGGAUGGUUUACACCUAUCAGUAGCUACCAGCUAGACAUGACUGAGCUAACCUAUGAGCCUGUUGAUGAGUCUUCAGAAAAGGAAGAGUUUGUUGACACUGUUAAAGGUGCCGGAAAAAUCAGAGAGCUCAGUCGACAGGACAUGAUAGCAAAGAGGAAGAAGACUCAAACUCUCAUCAACUCACUGCGGUUUGGGAAGCCUUGGAAGAUCGAGGAGGUUGGUGACAACAAAGUAAAGUAUUAUUACACCCCUCGUCAUGUUCCAGAAAAUGGAGCUACUUUCCACUGUGUCACAUACUACAAAGAGAACAAACUGCUUGCUCAGUACACAACACAGAUGUACAAGCAUCACCGAAUUCCUAGCAGUAAGCUUAUGUCUUGUAGCCUUGAUCCAUCCGGUGACAAACUGCUGUUCGCUUUAUUGUUCAAGGAAGCUCCUUCAAAGGAGGCACAUGUGUCUUUUGUGACCAUUAAUCUCAGGCCAGUCGGAGUAAGCACGAAUGUGAUUGAGUACCCUUUGAAUACAACAGAGUACAAACAGUGCAUGGAAGGGGAUGCCUGUGCCUUGGAUGUGACCAAAAUUAUUGACGCCACAGGGAGCCAGUAUAUGUUCAGUAACAUCUGCGGUAGCCUCAACGGCUUCUCCUUGACCUCAGGUAGUACUGUCGUAGCAGCAAGUCAGGAGAACUGGAUAGGAUGCCACCUGGGUGUUGAGCAAGCUGUCACAUUCUCAAAUGCAAGGGUCACCUUAGCAUGUCCAGCACUGGGCUUGAUCAUGCUUUUGCAUGCCCCUAGGCAGAGCACACUGACAUUGAUUCACUUCAAGGAUAAGAACACGGCCAUUCAGAGACAGGACACUUGGGCUGCAUUUUGUGCACUCAGGGCAUUUAAUGCUGCCAGCCCCAGCCCUCAAGGUCAAGGCCAAGUUCUUUCCAGAAGAGCCUGGACAUUUGAUGGUUUCACAGAUUGCCAUGUUGCAUUCACUAUGGAGACACUGGUGCUUGACCUUGUAGAUGACGCCAUACAGAUUGCUGAUGGCAAGUUUAUGGAGGAGCAAGCUAAAGCUUAUACUCUGCAAAACAGAUUUCACCCAUUCAUAAAGCGUAAUUGAUCUUUCAUGUUCCUCUUUGCCAAAGAUUGGAGAACAGACUUCAAACUUUUUGUGACUAGAACAUGAUCUAGUAGCACCUUCUCUGACAUAGGAAGAGGAAGCUCAUAUUCAGCUCAAACUGAAAUCUGAAGUUUACAUAUCUUACUAUUGUACACCUUAUUGUACAAGUUUAAAGAUAAAUAAAUACAUUUAUUUUCUAGACAACACUUUUUAAAGCAAACAAAAUUGUAAUUGUAACUUUUCAUUGAAUUUUUCGACUUGAAUAUGCUGAGUGUACAACAAAUACAUAGUUUUUAAUAUGCUAUUAAAAUUCAAUAGUAUUUUAAGGGAUCUUGUAAAGUUAUAAAAUAAUUCCAAAAAUCUGAGAAAACUUCGGAAUUUGGCCAAAUCGGAAUAAAA